UUGUCGAAUUUUUAAGUGAUGUUGGGUGAAAUGAGGAUUUAACAUUGUGUAGUUUGAUUUUAUUGAACUAGUUGAAGAAUGUCGGAGAAACUUAUUUAUAAAGCAGCCAUUUUGAUUACGUUGCAGCAAAUACAAUUAUUUGUUUCCUGCUACACGAUGACAUGGAAUAUUUUAGAUAAAAAACGAGCGAUACGUAUUUCUUGAUAUAAACUUCAAGAAUCUGAUGAUCUUUAUUGAUACUAUUAUGGGAGAGUUUUAAAAAAUACCCAUAACUCAGUGCCGUAAAUACUUUCUUACGUAAAAAAAUUAAAUCAAAAUGGAGCAUGCUCAAAUCCAGACAUCAGAUGGAACCCAAGUGGUGACAAUAAAUGGGCAGCAAUUACAAGUUUUACAGAUGAGCAACAGCCCACAUGUAGUUCAAGGACCUAAUGGACAACAGAUAAUGGUUCACUCUGUACCACCAAGUGGGCCUAUACAGAUUGGAGGUCCUCAAAUCCAGGUGGUGACUGCACCCAACAGUCAGCAAAUACAAGGCCUUCAAGUUCUUCCACUGUCCAGUAUUCAAGGUGCAAAUAACAACAUACAGACAAUGCAGCUAGUGCAGACUCCAGAUGGUCAGACGUUUCUUUAUCAACCUUCAUCCCAACAGAUUGACCAGCACCAAGUCAUACACCAACCUGUAUUAAAUUUCGGUAAUAUAGUGCAAGUAGCGAACGCAGUUCAACCACAGCAGAUAGUCAACCAACCCAAUAUUGUUAUGAUGGUAAACGGCAACAGUAGCGGGGCGACAUCUAGCGAAGGUGCGACGGCCACCAGCGCCAGCGCAGGCUCUGAUGAGGAACCGCUUCUCUAUGUCAACGCGAGGCAAUAUAAGCGGAUACUCAAACGCAGGGCUGCGAGAGCCAAACUGCAUGAACAAGGGCGUAUACCUAAGGAACGACCGAAAUACCUUCAUGAGUCUCGACACAGACAUGCAAUGAACAGGAUACGAGGGGAAGGUGGAAGGUUCAAUGCUGGCAGUAGAAGGAACAUGGAGACUCAAUCAGAUGACCCAGCGAGGCAUGGCAUAGAUGAUGUCAAACCAGAUGUCUCCAUCACUAUCAUACAGAACGAUGAAAUUGAAGAACAUGGCAACCAAUGGAGGAGGCUCGCCCCACACCCUAUGCAGUCGGCAUAGCGACGAAUCAAAAAGCGAUGACAGGACACUUAGUGAAAUGAAUAAAGUGAUUGUGAUAAAGUGAAGUGUCAAAUGCAGGAUUGUGGUACGCUAUCGUGUUGAUAAGAGGAAUAGUUAUUUAUAUUUGUACCAUAAUGGAAAGUGUAUUAGAAAUAUUCAGUAAAUUGACUAACCUUGUGAUAUGCUUUCAUAUUGUUCUACAAAUCAUCACAAGUGUAAACUGGACAGUAUAAUUAAUUGAAAACUCGAAAAAUUGUGUCAAUCCAUAUAAUAUAUAAAGCUAUAUAACAGAAACAUUCAGUGCCUAAUGUUUAUUUAGUAUAAAAAUAUAAAAUUGGUAAAAAUUAAGGACAAUUUUCACGAUUACAAAAACAAAAUGACAAAAUAUUGAAUGUUAUGGUCAUUUCCAGAUUCACAGUUAUCAAUGUAGUAGUUUAAAGAAUUCUAUUAUGGCCCUUUUUUAUACAUCACAAUUUAUCUUAAAUUAAAAGAAAAUUGUUGGUCAGUUAUAAAUAGAUUUGACGUAGAUUUUAGAUUAUGCCUAAGGAUUUUUUUUAUAUUCCGAUUGUGUUAUUGUUAAUGUUGAUUCAGGUAUGAUGAAAAGAUUAUUUACCCCAUAACUUAAGUUUUAUUGCAAAAUCAAUUGAGUGUUAUAUCAUACAUUGUUAAAAUCAUCUAUAUUAUUUAGUUUUAAGUAGGUUAAGAUCUGGGCUAUCACAAUAUAGGUGUAAAUAUUUUUAUAAAUGUAAUUAAUAUAUUCAUUGAAUAUCAGGGAAGUACAAAAUAUACACAUUUGCAUA